GGUGGGGAGAGACCCGGCGGCGGCGACAGGGCGCGAGCCGAGCGCGGUGCCAGGGGGGUGGGGGCACCGGUGCCCGGCUGGGGAGGGAGCAGGCGGAGGGGGGAAAAGCUGCGAUUACAAGCAGGAACCGGCGGCGGCUGAGGAAGUUGGGAAGUUGGGCGGGGGCCUCAGGACGUGCUGUGCCCUGCCACCCCGCCGCCGUGCCACCGCGUCGCCCAUGGUGGGGCAGAGCCUCCCAGAAGGUCUGAGCUGGGAGGCCAGAGGCCGGGGAUGAGGAGCUGGGCCCAGAGGAGCCCCAGGGGGGCCCACGGGCCUGGCCCUUGCCAUGGAGUCCAUGUUUGAGGAUGACAUCAGCAUCCUGACCCAGGAGGCCCUGGGGCCCGGUGAAGUGUGGCUGGAUGCCCCUGAAGACCCCUCGCUGGGUGGGGACAUGUGCUCUGCCUCCCACUUUGCCCUCAUCACGGCUUACGGGGACAUCAAGGAGCGGCUGGGCGGCCUGGAGAGGGAGAAUGCCACGCUGCGCCGACGCCUAAAAGUCUACGAGAUCAAGUAUCCACUGAUCAAUGACUUUGGAGAGGAGCAUAGCUUCUCCCUGUAUGAAAUCAAGGAUGGCUCCCUGCUGGAGGUGGAGAAGGUCAGCCUGCAGCAGCGGCUCAACCAGUUCCAGCAGGAGUUGCAGAAGAAUAAGGAGCAGGAGGAGCAGCUCCGGGAGGUGAUCCAGGCCUAUGAGAAACUGUGUGUGGAGAAGAGUGACCUGGAAACGGAGCUGGGCGAGAUGCGGGCCCUGGUGGAGACCCACCUACGGCAGAUCUGUGGGCUGGAGCAGCAGCUGCGGCAGCAACAAGGCCUGCGGGAUGCGCCCUUCGCCAGCCGAAGCCCACCGCCCGCUGCCACCCCGCCCUGCGCAGACCUGGACGUGCAUUACCUGGCCUUGAGAGGGGGGUCCAGCCUGAGUCACGCCGGCUGGCCGGGCCCUGCACCCAGUGUGAGUGAGCUGGAGCGGAGGCGGCUGGAGGAGGCUCUGGAGGCUGCCCAGGGAGAGGCCCGGGGAGCUCAGCUGCGCGAGGAACAGCUCCAGGCCGAGUGCGAGCGGCUGCAGGGGGAGCUAAAGCAGCUGCAGGAGACCCGGGCUCAGGAUCUGGCUUCCAACCAGUCGGAGCGGGACAUGGCCUGGGUGAAAAGAGUCGGGGACGAUCAGGUGAACCUGGCGCUGGCGUACACGGAGCUCACAGAGGAGCUGGGCCGGCUGCGGGAGCUGAGCGCGCUGCAGGGGAGGAUCCUGAGGACGCUGCUGCAGGAGCCGGCGCGGAGUGGCGGCCAGAGGCACUCGCCGCUGUCGCAGCGCCACUCGCCCGGCCCCCAGUGCCCCUCGCCGUCCCCUCCGGCCCGAGCGGCGGCCCCGUGUCCCCCGUGCCAGUCCCCCGGGCCCCAGCGCCGCUCCCCCGCGCCCCCGUGCCCCUCGCCCCAGCAGCGCCGCUCGCCGGUGCCGCCGCCCUGCCAGUCCCCCAGCCCGCAGCGCCGCUCGCCCGCGCCCCCGCCGCCCGGCCCGGCCGCGCCGCCCGCCGAGCGGCCCUACGCCAAGCCGCCCAGCCACCACGCCAAGGCCGGCUUCCAGGGCCGCCGCAGCUACUCGGAGCUGGCCGAGGGCGCGGGCUACGCGGGCGCCGCGCCCGCCUGGCUGCAGGCCGAGGCGGCCACGCUGCCCAAGCCGCGGGCCUACGGCGGGGAGCUCUACGGCGCCGGCCGGCCGCUCAGCCCGCGGCGCGCCUUCGACGGCCUCCGCCUGCGCUUCGAGAAGCAGCCGUCGGAGGAGGAGGAGUGGGCCGUGCCCACCGGCCCGCCCAGCCCCGACGUGGGCACCAUCCGCUGCGCCUCCUUCUGCGCCGGCUUCCCCAUCCCCGAGUCGCCCGCCGCCACCGCCUACGCCCACGCCGAGCACGCGCAGUCCUGGCCGUCCAUCAACCUCCUGAUGGAGACCGUGGGUUCCGACAUCCGCAGCUGUCCCCUCUGCCAGCUGGGUUUCCCCGUUGGAUACCCCGACGAUGCCCUCAUCAAACACAUUGACUCCCACCUGGAGAACAGCAAGAUCUAGGGCGCGCCCCUGCCCGCGGCCGUCUCUGCCCGUGCCAUCGCCCCCAGACACUCACUCACUUUGAAUGCUGCAUGAAUCUCGUGGAGGGGCCCGACCCCUCGCCACCCCAGGUACCCCCACUAGCUACCAAGCCCGCGUGUGUGCCGGCCUCCUGGUUCCCCGGGUCCGAGGCUGAGGUGGGGGUGGGGCGGCUGCGGCGGGCAGAGGAAGGGUGUCCCUCUGCCGGGCUGUUUUCAAGUGGGGUUGGAUCCCAGGAGGUGUCUAGUGCUUGGACCUGGGGGGCCGAGAGGGUCUCAGAGGGCUCCGGGAGCGCCCCCUUCCCUCCCCGACACCCCUUUCUCAGGCGGAGUUCUGUCUGGGGCUCCCCUCCCUGGGGGUGCCAGCUCCUCUCCCCCGCUCCCCUGGCAACUCAGGGCUCCUGGCCGGGGGCCCCCCACCCGGGGAAAGAGGCAUGUCCUGCCAUUCCCUGGGGGCCAGCUCGCCUGGGGAAUAGGUGGGUGACAGGAGGGGGCACCCCAGCAUCCUGGGAGGAUGUGGCCAAAGAGGCUGCCUGGAGGGCGGGGGGCUACAGCCCUCAGGCCAGGGGUUGCUGCCGAAGCCUCGGUGGAGGCCGGUACCCCCUCAUCCAGCUGCCGCCUGGGCCCUGGAACCCUGUGGUACCUGCCAGCAGGGCACAUCAACCCUGACACCAGGCAGGCACUGAGAAAGGGCCCAGGGUGCUGUGGACCUACUUCAAAAGAGCUAUCCCUUCCCACAUCCCAGCACCCCCCAAUCCCUCCUGUGAAAUCUACCUCAGAGUCGUACCCUCAGAAGGACGGGCAAGCAGGAGGCUAGGGGAUCCCCAGGGCUGAGGUGGGGAGCUUCCUACGGCAAGAGUCUGCCGCCCCACGAUGAAUCCACCCCCCUCCACUGCGAUCCUCUCUCGGGGCCUCGCGCGGGGCAGGGCCCGCGCAUGUACCAUCCGGAUCCAACACGUCAGCGCCACUUGCCCAGCCCUUCCCUCCUCCUGGGCAGCAGCGAGAAGCGGGCAUCAGGCAGGGCAGGGACAUGCAGCCUGGCCCCCAGCCCAGGGAGAAGGGGCCAGGCACCGGAGAGGGGAUGUGGGGGGAGCCCCCCCACCAAGCGCUCUGAACAAGCUGAAAGUCCAAAUAAAACUGACCUGUUCCAUCUGC